UGGAGGAGGCAGGCAGAGGCAGGGAGAGGGUCGAGGGAGGAGAGAGGGAGACUGGGAGAGUGUGGCUGAGGCAGUAGUAGCGAGCGCCGUCCACCUGGCACGCUGAAAGAGGCACCGUGGUCCUGCUUGUUGGGGAGCCAGCCGCCGGGACGAGCCAUGGUCAGUGUGGGUGCCUCCUGACCCCCUCCCUCCCCCCACCACCACUGCAGAUUUUGAUGGUAUGGGUUUCGACUUGACACGAUUCCAAGGGGAGGUGGACGAGGAGUUGUUGUGUCCUAUCUGCUCUGAGGUGUUAGAGGAGCCCCUCCAGCUCACCUGCCAGGCUCCCUCGUGUGAACAUGCCUUCUGCAGCGGGUGCAUCAAUGAGUGGCUCUCCCGACAACAGACUUGUCCUGUCGACCGCCAGCCAAUCACUUCCUCCCAACUUAAAUCAGUCCCCAGAAUACUGCGCAGUUUGCUUUCAAAGUUAUACAUUUCUUGUGACAACAAACCUCAUGGCUGCACCUCCAUUGUGAAGCUUGAUGCGUUAACCUCACACUUGGAGGAGUGCGAGUUCAACCCCAAGCGCCCGGUGCCUUGUGAACAGGGGUGCGGCCUCAUUAUACCUAAGGAUGAACUAAAGGACCACAACUGCUUACGUGAAUUGCGAAGUUUAAUACAAAACCAGUCUGGCAAAAUAGCUGAACUACAACAGGAACUUGCAGAAAAUAAAUACCAGCUCAAUGAACAGAAGAGAGAAAUUCAACUCCUUAAGGAUUUCAUGCGUGCCAUGAGGAUCAGCAACCCUCAGAUGAGAGCAAUAGCUGACCAGAUGGAACAGGAUGAGGUGGUACGGUGGGCCAGCUCCCUAGCACGGGCAAGAGUCACCCGCUGGGGCGGCAUGAUCUCAACUCCUGAUGCCAUGUUGCAGUCUUCCCAACAGGCUGUGAUUCGUCGGUCCCUGAGUGAGUCAGGGUGUCCGCCUCACAUAAUAGACCAGCUCAUGGAGAAUGCCCACGAGCGACGCUGGCCACCAGGACUGUCCACGCUGGAGACUAGACAGGUAAUGAAUCGGAGACAUUACGAGAGCUACAUCUGCAAGCGAGUGCCCGGGAAGCAGGCAGUGGUGGUCAUGGCAUGUGACAACCGACACAUGAAUGACGACAUGCUGCUGGACCCCGGCCUUGUCAUGAUCUUCGCCCACGGGAUUGAGUGAAGAGCUUCUGGUGCUAGUGUGCAGCUUUUUGCUAAUGUAACAUGAAAUGUCAGACCAUGUCUGAGAAAGUCUGUUUCUUGUGAAGGACUGAAAAGCUCAGAAAUAAGCUGUGCUGUUUCUGUUUUGUGUGUGUGUCUGCUUGAAUGUUUGCAGUUUUCAAGAGGGAGGUUUUGCUUCCAUGGGAAUUGAAAAAAAAUAUGAAUGGAAUUGAUGCAUUUUCUGCCUUGCCUAAAAAAUACCUGAAAACUAUUCUGGUUAUUUGAUGAAAAAAAAAAGUGUGCUCUGUUUUCUUUCUGUUUGAUUGAGUUUCUUUGCACGUCAUUUCAAGUGUUGUGAAUAUUUAUAAGCUACACCAUUGAUGUCAAAGACUUCACAUACUGAGAGUUUUGGAAAAUGGAAAACUGCCACCAAAAGAAACUACACAUCAGAGUAAACAUUCAGAAUGACUCCACAGGGUCUUGAUUGUUGUUGGUUAUUUGUGAUAUUUAAUUUCAAAUCCUGGAUGCAUUCUUUUCCCUCGCAUUCAAUAUGAAAGUUUAAUUUCAAGACAAGUUUUGUGAAUUGAAAAAUUUGUGAAUGGCAAGUCCCAUGUCCUCUGUUAUAUGCCAUUAAUAUUCUGUUUUGAGUUUCUGCCUUUGAGAAACCUUGCCAGAAACAUUCAUAUUGAAGAAUGACAUUUGAUAAAGGUAUACCUACAGACAUGAGUUGAUCAUACAUUUUGAUGUUUUCUGAGUUCCACAAGGAGCCUCCAGCCACCCAGGAAAGCCAACAUACACCCAUGUUCUCAUGAUAGCAUAUAUUUCAGUAGUAUACAGAACCACCUGCCCAUGAUUCAUACGCACAAAUAUUCACACACAGCAGUGGUCAGAGUGGUCCUAGUGUUAGUGUGUAGCACGUGACACUAGUGGGGGGGAAGGGAUCUUGUGGGUAAUGCAUAGAUUGACUUCAUUUGUUAUCUCCUCACUGUAGAAGGAAAAGGAAUUACUACACUAGAGAAGAAAUCCAGUGCCAAAGGUGUGAGGGUGACAGGAAUGGAGACACCAUGGGUGACUCCUGCAAUACUUUCUAGGAUGAAGGCUUUCCUGGAUAAAAAUUUCAUUUAGGAAAAGUUAAAUCUGUUAGUUUUAAUAUACAUUUAAAUAUGAUAAAAAAGAAUUUCAGAUUAUACCACAACAUAAGAUAUAUUUAAAUAUGAUAAAAAAGGAACUUCAGAUUAUACCACAACAUAAGAAGGAUAUAGGCAAAAGUGUGUGUGUGUGUGUGUGUGUGUGUGUGAGAGAGAGAGAGAGAGAGAGAGAGAGAGAGAGAGAGAGAGAGAGAGAGAGAGAGAGAGAGAGAGAGAGAGAGAUGCAUACAUGGACAGUCAACUAAUGCCAAUCUCUUACCUAGAGCUACGUUGACAUGUUUUGUACAUAUGUCCAGAUAGUGUACAUAAAGUCUCAUUAGUUGAUCAGCACUGCAUAGUGUGGCGGUCAUUCUCCCCGGCAUGUAUUUAAUUGGUGUGCAAUGAGGGUGCUUAUUGGUAACACCCCAAGUUGUGCGGGUCAGCCCAGCAACUUAUUGCAACUGAGGUUGUGAACUUUUUAUCAAGUUAUAUUGCUCCAGCAGUAAACUGUUUGAAAAUAAAAUUAUGAAGCCUGAAAUUAUGAACACCUCUUGAGUAUUGCUAAGUUGUCAUGAAGGUUUCACAUCAUUUUAAUCUCAUACUUAAUAAGUUAUGUAUUUCCAUAGAGAAGAGUAGGAUGUUGAUGAGCACAUAGCACUCUUCUGGUGUGUUACUGCUGACUGUACAUUUAACUCGUGUAUAUGUGGCACUGAAUUGAAACGUUUUGAUAUUAACAUAUCGUCUGUAACAAGAUGAAAUGGCAAGUACUUCAUGUAUUAUGUUCUCCAUCAGAUGGAGAUGAUUUUGUACCUAAAGCUUUCAAGAAGAUACUAAUGUACGAGUGAGCAGUACUCUUGUCAUUCUGAUGCUGUAAAGCUCAGUAGAGAAUAUCAUGAUUACUGGAUGAUCUUGUUAUUUAUACUUGAUAGCAGUGUUGGUGCAGCACACUGACAAUUUAUUUGUAGAGAAAACUACAUCCCACAGCCUAGCUUGUGAUUUUUUUUUUUUUCUUGUUCUCUUGCUAUAAGUUAUUGUAGUGCUUAUGCCAGAUUGUCUCUCCACACCACCCCUCUCCUGUGCUUCCUGCCACUCCACCUACACCAUACACCAUCCUAACUUUUCAUCCUCCUCCACAUCUUCCUUCCAUGCCUCACCUGCCCUACUCCCAGCAUAGCCUGAUUCCUUCACACAAAACAAAACAAAUGUCCACAAACCACAUGAUUACCACUGUGAUGGUGUCCAACGGUGCAAAAGGUGCUACAUGUACACUCACACUCUCCAGACACCUUUGUUAACAGAUAAACACACUACCAAGUUUUCUGCAAUAACGUGUGUGUGUGUGUGUGUGUGUGUGUGUGUGUGUGUGUGUGUGUGUGUGUGUGUGUGUGUGUGUGUGUAACUGCCAUUCUACUUCUGUCUAGCUUUGGCUGUGAGGUGAUUAAUUCCAGUUCUGUUGUGAUGUGUGGUUGUGGUGUGGCAGAAACACUCAAUUACUGUUCAUUCCUGCAAAGCCUUUAUAUUAUUAUGGUGACAUUCCUUAUUUUUCCAUGCACUGUCCAGCACCGACAACAUUAUCUUGGUCUGGGACACUCUUUUAUGUGCUGUCCGGAAGUUAUAAUUUACUACUUAGAACUUUAUGGUGCAUUCUCAAUGCACAGUAAAAGUUUUUGAACAAAGUGUGGUCAGUCAAAGGUUUGAAGGAAACAAGUAUACUAAACAUCUCAGUCUCUUUUGCUUAUGUGCACCACACAUUAUUCCUGUGUCAGUGUUUGAUCUUUGCAGUACUGUAGUCUUUUCCACAUGGGACAUAUGAUAGGUAAGUGUUGAGUUCCUGCAGUAUGCACAGAUGGUAUUUAGUUAUUCCCACGUACGUACAACUUGUUAGAUUCAUACUGCUGGAAGUAUCCCUUCAGUACAUAUAAUAUGUUCCUCUCAAAUGUUGCAGGCAAAGUAUUCAUAUGCCUUACUCACUGAUGCUGUAAGAAUAUGAAACCACUAUCUAAAGUAGUUUACAAAACUUGAAACUAUUGUAUCUGAAGCAGAAAGGGAAAAGAAAGGAGUUUGUUUAGUUCCCCUUGCUUGUUUUGUACUCUUUAUGUACAGCUGUGCUGCUGCACCACAGGUAUCUUGCUUUUUACACAUAUAAGUGCUCAUGUAAUGCCUAGGUGCUUCAUAGAACUUUGGUUAUAAUUUAUGAAUCUCAUUUUGCAGGAAUUGGAUGUAUUUUCAGCCACUUGGUGAAUUCUGACUAAUAACAGUCUUAGAAAUACAAAGUCUCUCUGAGGUAUUUAAGGCAACUUAACCUUAAAAUGCUUUAUAAUUAUGAGGAAUACAUGGUGUUGUUGGUUUUGUAAAGUUUUGUUUGAGUUGUGCCAUGCCUUGGGAGGGAUGCCAGUCAGUCCUUGAGGGAGGUUGACCAGAGAGAAUCAAAUACAUACUGAUGUACAUACACUGAAAGUGUGGUUAAGAAACUUCAAGUGGAAAUUUAAAAGGAAAGCAAAUUAUUAAUUGCACAGUGACAGUGAAAAGAGUGUUUCCAUUGAAUUAUGGAAUUGCAUCUUUACAUGUGCAAUAAUUCAUAUUUGACAGUUAUACAAAUUAUUGGUAUAUUUGUUCAAUCCUGUAUUUGAAAAAAAAUUAAGUUUGUUAGAUUUUUUUAUACAUUUUUUUGUGUAUGUAUUCAUAACAUUGUAUAAAUGUAUUGGAGUAUAGCAGCUGAUUGAUGUUCUUAUAUUAGGUAUUGUGAUGUUUAAAGCUGUGAUUUAUUAUGUUCUAGUUAAAAUAUAUUAGAUGUUGACAGUAGGAUAUUGACCUGAAUAUCCAAAGGAAGUGUUAUGGUGUUAUGAAUGAAGAGUUCCUCUGUACAUAGCCUUAGACUUGCAUUAGAAUGUUUGCCCUCAAGGGAAAACUGCAUCAGGCAGUGAUCUCAGCUGUGACAAAGACAAAACUGACUUGAGGCAAAUGUGCAUGCAUCUUGAACUGACCUGAACUUUGAAGAUAAGAUAACAGUUCUCACCAUACUAGAGCUGUCAAAAUGCAAAUAACCUUUCCAUACAGGCCACACAAGGGCUAAAAUAGCACACUAAGAAGAACACAUUCCAUGCCACACCGGUGGAUCAAGAGAGCAAUGAAUGAACAGAAUUCCAAAUCUAAAUUACACUUACCAACUCUGUGAAUAAAGGAAAAGUUUGUACUGUUACAUAAUAUUGAGUAUUGUGCUCUAACUGAUGCAGAGAGGAAACGUUUGGACAAAAGUGGAACAACUUAGCAAUUAGUAGUGUAAUGCUCAAGAUGUUGCACAGUUUUUAUAUAGCAGUGGCACGUAGUAGUGAAAAUAAUGUUGGGCACAUCUUCUGUUACAUCUUAAGACACCAGCAUGAAUUGACUUUUGUUUUUAGGUUACUGCUCAUAACCCUUCAUUUUGUAGCUUUCAUUAGUUGUACUUAGAUAGUAAUAGAGUGCAUAGCCCUUGUCUCCUCUCCAAGUUCUGUACUUCUCACAGUUCCUGCAGUUGAAUCAAGAUUUAUUUAUUGCAGAUCCGUCCCAUGUUAGCUUUUCAAUACUGGUAGAAUAUACUUCAGCAAAAGUUCUUAGCUUUACUCUUAGAGUGAGUACAUAGGAGUUUAUCUAGGGACCGGUGAUGACCUUGCUAGUGUGAGUGAGUCCUUGACACUUCUGUACUUCAAGUAACUUAAAUUUUAUUUGCCACAUGUGCCAAUACUGUAAUUAUGUACAUUUCGUGAAAACUUGAUGCAACAAAUAUAUAUUUUUCAAUUGUGAAAGCUGAGAAUCUAGACUUUGAGGUAUUCUUACAAAAACUACAGUAUCUCAUCUCUGUUUAUCAUGUAUCUCUUAUGAAUGCCAUACUUUACUUAUUGCUGGUGUAUUCUCAGGUGGUAUAAGUGAAGGAAAUUAAUACCUGUAAAUAUCCAACCUUGUAAAUUACUUGCUACCCUUUGUUCACUCAGUAGCAUUGUUAGUGUAAACAUGAACCACACAUAUCCACCCAGCGGCUACAGUGACCAGCGACUGGGUGAAGUAUUAAUGUGUCCCAUAAUUGCACUGAGUGAGUAGCACUGUCCUUCCAGUGAAAAAAAGCUGUACAAGGACAUAAAAUUUAAUUUCACCUGCUUACACACAUAUAGAUGCACUACUUGUUGUCAAAGAAGUUUAUGCAUAUGCUUAUAUAAAACACUAGCCUCUAUCUCAAAGUCAUGUAAGGUUUCUGAGAUGCUCAACAUUCCUUCUUCUGUGUCUCAUUCUCUAAGAAGUACAAAAUACUAGAGGAUGUCAAAGUGGACCCAUCACAUGUUUGCAUUUUCCAACGAGUUCUUCUUAUUGAAGGGUUUUAAGAAGAGCCAGAGUGUGUUUAUAUUUGGAGUAUUGUGUAAUUUCUAGGAAAUACCUGUUGGUAAGAUAUUCUUGCCCACAAUUAAGCUGAAAACACCACUCAAACUUACAUGAAUAACGAGUGGUGGAUGUGCAUUCCAGGAUGACCGAGACAUUCCAUUUAACGUUCUACAAAGCUGAUCAAAAUGAUGCUGUUUGUGAGGAAGAAACAUAUUGACUUAUUCAGUAUGGUCUUGUUAGAUAAUAUGAACUAUUUACUUGUGCAUUUAUUUAUUUAUUUAUUUUUUUUUUUAUCUAAUGCUCAAGAUGUGAAAUAUUUGAUAUAAUUACUGUUAUUACUAAUUUUCAUUAUUAUUAUUAUUAUUAUUAUUAUUAUUAUUAUUAUUAUUAUUAUUAUUAUUAUUAUUAUCAUCAUCAUAAUCAUCAUCAUCAUCAUCAUCAUCAUCAUCAUUAUUAUUGCUACUGUUGUGUGAAUCUCAUUAAAUACUUUUCUGUAAGUCUCAUGAAAUAUUUGUAUCAUCAAAGGAAGUUGUACAGUAGAACCUCAGAACAACACAACAGUCUUUGAGCUUAAUACUUCUCAAUAUUCUGUUGACAUGUUCCUGCACUCCUCAGUGACACACACACACACACACACACACACACACACACACACACACACACACACACACACACACACGAAAACCUGAUAUAAUUCCCAUCAGGACUGAGCUUAAAACAUACUGCAACUUAAGACUUCUUAGUAAAAUCAAAUGUCUUUGUGAGGUUCUACUUCUUACAGUCCUAGAUGAGGAAUUUCUGCACACACCUGACCUGUUAGGUGUUAUUACAGAAUUACACCUGUCUCACUGCCAGAUAAAACUAUUUCAUGUAUCAAUUUAUUCUAUAUCAGUGACAGUACAUACUUCACUUUCAAAUAAUCAUCACUGCAAUUAUUGUUACUUUUUAUAAUUAUUUCAUAGGUACAGAGGUCAUAUUGAGUUGAAUAAAAGGAAGAAAUGAUAAGUGAUUUGCCUUUGGUUGCUUUCAUUACGAAUUGUCACAGUGAUCAAUUAUGAACAUAAAUGAAACUACAUGUUUUUAUUGACCAGAUAAGAAAAAAAUGGUUCUAUCUGUCAAAGUGAGACAAGUUGAUUUACUAUUUUUUGAUGUUUUGGUUUGGCAGGUUAAUUAUUACUGUCACCUUUACCUGUCAGUUAAUUGCACCCAUUCCAGAAACAUUAAAAGGAAAAAAAAAGUCAGAUGAAUGGUAAAAACAAGGCUGUAGAUAUUUGGCCAAUUGGAGUUUUGAGCGUUUUUAAAAAGAAUGUACAUAAUCAUUCAAGAAAGAAGUGUCUGUGAAGUUCUUAGAUCCAUGUUAGUAGAUGUGGAGUACAUAUUUUGUGAUAUUGUAGACUUAAAAAGAAACUGCUGUAAAGAAUGCUGCUGAUCUCAAUCCUUACCGCUGCCAGUGUCUUGGGAACAUCUGGCAAGUUUUUCAUUUUCAUUAUUUUUUGCUACUUCUCACCUAGAAUGCUGUAAGAAAGUUCAUUCGCGUAAUUUCAAAAGAAAAAAAGGUAUGAACAACAGCUUGUUUCCUGUUCUUUCAAAAAUGUUAAUUAUUAUUAUUAUCACUGUUUUAGACUAAGGCGAUGAAACUUGGAACAUCACCACGUUUCUUUAUGCCAGUGAAUAUGAAAUAAAUAUGUACAAAUCGAA